AUGCCGCCGACAGAGCCGCGUGCCGCCAUGGAUCAAGCAGACACGAGAACACGCCAGCUGCCACCACAAGAAAUGGUUCACAUCCGCAAGCUGUACCUCGAUAAACGUUUCAAGAACUGUAUCAACGCCUGCGACGAACUUCUGGCCAAGUCUGAACGAAGUCCGAGUUCCUCAUCGAUCAUAGGCGGCCUUGCGAAUGCCGAGUUGCAUCAAGUACAUCGAGCAUUCCUCAUCUACCAUCAAGCAAUCAGUCACGAAUGCAUGGGUAUCGCCGCACACAAAUUCUCGCAGAACAAGAUCAAAUACCUGAACUCCGCCAAAAGUCAGUUCGAACAAGCCUUGUCGGUCCUGCCUCAGCCAUUUGCUAGUGAGCGUGAUGGGUCGUACCAGACGCCCAUGCCGCGAUCGCCAGAUGAGCCCAAAGACAACGCGUCCGAUGAUGAGAAGCCCAUCGGUCUAGGUCUGACCCCUGUGCCACUGCAUGACAUUCGCACAACUCCGGCGGUUCGCAUUUCAGAUGCAACUCGGUCUCCUUCUGAAGAGAGCUUCGACUCUGCAACAUCUGGUACAUCAGUCUCUGUCACCUUCACGAUUCCCGACUUCAAUAAGUACUCGCCGAGGAACAGCAUGCCUUACCUUCAACUUAGCACAGGCGGUUCACUGUCGAAGGAUCUUCAUGAAAGCCGACCAUUCGUCCAGGGCCAGAAUCUUGACGACUUCUUCAGCGACAGCGAAGAUGACGACGACAAGGAAGGUGAACGUGUGGCGAGCUGGUUACCGCGAUCCAUGCGAAGUCUGAACUUGGCGGCUCACACCAUCGAGUCCGACAGCGAAGAUGAAGAGACGGAGAGUGCUGCUUGCGAAGCAGGUGUCGGCGAGGAAACGCCAGUGUCGGCCGCCAUCAACAGCCUCCAGGCAGAUAUGUUCAACGAUAGUUCACCUACCAAAAGUCUGAGCGCAAGUCAGUCCUCCCGAUGCAUGCUCCGUGAAGAGCUUGAGCCAGCGCCGCUCUUCAAUAAGUCACUCAAGCUUCCAAAGAUCACCUUCGAGCCCCCAGCUCUUCGUUCAGAAGUACCUCGCCCGCUGCCUCGCACACCACGUGCUCAAUUCGCCCUCAAUGACAUUCAAUCGGCAAGAAAGACUGCUGUUCAGACACUCAUCUCCAAAUUCGAGGGCACAUUGCCGUCACCUAUCACACCUUCUUCGUGGACCACAGCAACUCCUCUGGCCACUAUGUCCACGCAAGCCUUCGCACCUACACCGAUCACGCCACGAUUUGACAUGAUCAGGAGUGCAUUCGAGCCACAUCAGACACAGAGUCAUCUGCGAGCAUACUUGACGUCUCGUUCGUUGGCACAUUACAACAACUCUCUCGCAGACUUCCGUACAUGCCUGCAGUCUGCCGUUGAAGCAGUCGAGGAGGCCCUUGAAGCUGCACAUGAAGUACAGCAAAAGCGAGAGGACGAGAAGCGUGCAUCUAGCGUACACGUCAACGACAACUCCUUGCCGAAGAACCGCCUGGCGAGCAUGUGGCUGCUGUCAACACCAGGUCGCAACCCAAAAAGUGCUGGUACGACAGCGACUGGCUCGGCACCGCCUGUGACAAUAGUUGAUCGAUCCGAACGACCCCGUGAUCGUAAAGCAAUGCCACUUCGUAAUGGAGUCCAGGAGUCGGUUCAGAAACGAGCAGAGCGGCUCGAGAGAUUAAGGUCGAAUGGCUUUAAGGUGCGUAAGGAAUCCCAUGGUUGGAAGGGCGAAGAGCAUUAUGAGUGCUUCCGGCGAAGAGUCGAGAUGGACCUGGGGUCUUGA